GUUUGUUUGAACGGGAAAGUGGAAGAAAUUCUGCCUAAACCAAUUGAGACUUGAGAGUAGGAAAAGAUGGCUGCGACGCCGAGUGCACCAGCGGGGAGCGCGAACAUUGACGGAGUAGCACCCCCAGCUCCACCACUUCCGGGGACGGACAUGACCGGAAUAUGCUUCAGGGACCAGCUAUGGCUGAACACCUACCCUCUUGACCGAAACUUAGUCUUCGAUUACUUUGCUCUCUCGCCAUUCUAUGAGUGGACUUGCAACAAUGAACAGCUCCGUCUACGCUCCAUUCACCCCCUUGAUGCCUCCCAUCUCUCGAAAAUGACGGGUACAGAGUACACCUUAAGUGAAGCUAUGGAGCCCCAUCUUUUUGUCAUCCGUAAACAAAAGAGGGAUGGCCCUGAGAAAGUAAUCCCGAUGCUCACUUAUUAUGUCCUGGAUGGGUCAAUAUACCAAGCUCCUCAGCUUUGCAAUGUGUUUGCAUCUCGACUUGGACGGGCACUGUAUCAUAUAUCAAAAGCCUUCAAUACUGUAGCCUCAAAAUUGGAAAAGAUUGGAUAUGUUGAUGCUGAAAAUGAGACAACUGCAUCUGAAUCAAAGGCUUCUAAAGAGACUAUUGACUUCAAAGAAAUUAAGCGGGUAGAUCACAUUCUUGCAUCACUACAACGCAAGCUACCAGCAGCCCCUCCAGCACCUGCUUUUCCAGAGGGUUAUACUCCCCCAACAACUGCAGAAGGAGAGAAAGGUUCCGAAGACCAACAAGCAGAACUUCAAACAGCUACCUUAGAUCCCAUUAUAGACCAAGGCCCAUCUAAAAGGGUGAAAUUGUAGAGAGGACACAGACGCAUAUACCAAAAGCAAUCCUAAAUUAGUUGUUAGUUUAAUCUAGUAAACUAUCCUUAACCCUUCGUAUCAACUGUAGUUUUGCUCCUCACGCAUUCACACGCGCAUGCAGGCACACACUUCUUCCUCUUCACGUGUGAUAUUUGGUACAAGAGUACCAGAGAUUGGUGCCACCAAGAAGAGUACUUCUGUAAGAUAAUAUUAGAUGAUAUGUUAUUAUUUAUCAAUUUAUUUGACUAUGUUUUUGAAAUGCA